GGGAGUAAUAUUUUUGUCAACUCAUCACAGGUGAAUAAGAGACUUUGUCCAUUGGAAGCAAAAAUUAAUACCAAUAUCUCAAUUGAUAACAUAACACACUUUACUACAAGACUUCAUAAUUUUUUUUUAUCAUAUUAUGACUACGCAUUAAAUGAUAUACUUAUCCAUCCCUAACAUUUCGUAUUCAUUUAGAUAAACCCUUCCAUAAUCCCCUCGUAAAUACACAUCAUUAUCUUUACGAGUAUAUAUCAUUGAGGAAAAAACGGAACAAUUACGACUAAUUCCAAUAGAUUUGGAACCCAAAGCUCGAAGCGACUCAAAUUCCAUCGCGUAAAUAAUUCCGUCUAACGAAACUUCCUGGAAGCUCACUAUGGUUUCCUACUCUCCUCAAUCCUCUCCCCCAUUUAACUAACCCUCUUUUCAUUCUCCCCAGUCCACGCGCAUUUCCGCCCGUCUCCAUUGCAAUGAAGCUCAUCAAGAGCAUCUCCAACCCCAAGAAGCUAUUCAAGUCCAAAUUCGGCCGCCUCAUUUCCAGAUCCGACGACCCCACCUCCAUCAGCUCCGGAUCCGCCUCCGGUUCCUCCGAUUGCCCCAUCGGAUCCUCCAAAAAGCCCCAAACCCCCACCAGCGUCCUCCCCGGCGAGUUCCACGCUGACGUCUACAGCGAGCUCGUCCAGGCGUUCAAUCUGAUCGACCGAGACGGCGACGGGAAGAUUCAGAAGUCAGAGCUGGCCGCUCUGCUGAAUCUGUUCGGAGCAGAGCCUCCCAGCGAGGAGGAGAUCGACACGAUGAUGAGCGAAGUCGACAGGGACGGCGACGGGUGCAUCAGCCUGGAGGAGUUCAGGGCGCUCCGGCCGGCCUUCGCGCCGCCGGCUUGCGGCUCGGAGAUGCGUGACACGUUCGAUUUCUUCGACACGAACGGCGACGGGAAGAUCUCGGCGGAGGAGCUGUUUAACGCGUUGAAAACGAUCGGGGAUGGGAGGUGCACGUUAGAGGAAUGCCAGCGCAUGAUAAGAGGAGUCGAUCAGAAUGAGGAUGGGUUUGUCUGCUUCGAGGACUUUAGCCGUAUGAUGGAGCUGCGGAUAUGAUUGGCCAUCGUAUGCACGUCAUGAUCUAGCUUCAUAGCUGCUCUUGAAUAGCAUGAUAAAUACUCCACUAUAUAUAGAUUCGUCUUUCGUCAUGCUGUGUUAUUACUCCAUAUAUAAAGUUUAUUUAUUGGUUUUAAAUUAGUGGAAAUAGAAUAAAAUUAUUCUAUCCACAUAAUCUUCCCUCCCAAGAUUCUCAAAUUUCACUUUUCUUACUCAACUCAAUUUCAUUUGAUCCGCUAAUUUGGAGUAUUGCAAUCUUUUAUAGAUUUGAUUUUUGCCAUUUAAUAGAACUUUUAUCCUAGUUUUUAACUUGAAAAUUGUAACAUUAUGGGG